AGAAAUGCGGGAAAACUAAAAUAUGGCGGAGUGGUUUGGAUCUGAGUGAGGUCAUCGCAGUCGUUUUUGCUUGAUGCGCGUGCAUUACAUUUCUCCCCACUUCGAAGAGCUGAUUAAAAAAAGUGGCCUUGACAGGUUGUAUGUCUGAUGACGUAUCUCGGGAUUUGUCGUUAGUGCGGGUCGUGAGCGAGUUCUGACAACACCUGUAGAAGUUUCAAGAAGCUCCGGCGCUGACUGCUGUUGUGAGGCCCGUGACCAAACACACUUAAGUAGAGAAAAGAUCUACAAAAUAAACAGAAAUGUCUUUGAACAAGUCGGAAAUUGAAUGUGUGCACAAUGUUUUGUCGCUAAUAUCGAAGAAUUUGGAAUGUCCAGUAUGCUUCGAAUUGAUGAAAGAGCCAGUAUCAACAAUAUGUGACCAUCGGUUCUGUAGGUCUUGUAUAUUGAAGCUUUUUGGCAAGCAGAAAAGCAACAUUCAGUGCCCAUUGUGCAAGAACAAACUCACUAAGAGGAGUCUCCAGGAAAGCAACCAAUUUAAACAACUUGCAGAAGGAAUUGUGAAGACAAUUCAUGCAUUUGAAUUGGACACAGGUUAUGAAUUCUCCAUUGACGAUGUACAGAAAACGGCCUCAGCUGAGAUCAGCGCUUACAGACAGUUAUGGAUUGAUGACGACUGUGUUCAAAUCAAUAAUACCCCACAGAAAAUUGUAGCUACUGGAGUCUCUGAAUAUCGUACUUUGAAUGUUGAAACCGACUCUUUAACUGAAUUUGUAAGAAGGGUUUUCACAAGAAGUAAAAGGCUGAAAAUGGAUGCUCCUGCUUAUGUUGAGAUUGAUGAUUCAGAAGAUUCUGCAAAGACUGAUGCUGACGAUUAUUCCUGUGCAACUGAAUCCGAGGCAGGACUAAAACAAGUGGCUGGGAGCAAAUCUGAAAGUAGCUUCUGUAGCCCAGAUGCACCCAGAGAGAUGCUUGGGUCUCCAGUUGACAAAGUCGAUAAAAAACUCAUACUGCAUGCUGAAAAAAUGUUGAAUACAGAAAGCUGCCCUGAUGGCAAAGAGCUUUUUACUGACAAUUUGGUUCCAUUGCCUUUGGAGAACAAUAUUAUGAAAAAAGACUUGGAACUAUUGUUUUGCCAGGAGGAUGUUAAUCAGAAAGAUUCUAAUUGGGUAGUCAGCAAUAAAACUGAGUUUGAGAAAGAUGGGGAUGAAUUUAAUAAUUAUCCAGCUCUCAAAAUCUCUAGAAGAAAAAGCCAGAGAGUUAUCAGAAAAGUCAGUGACUGGUUAUCCAAAAUCAGUGUUGGUGAGGUUGCAAGGCUUGGUGUUGAAUCUAAUCCAAUCGACCAGAACUCUGAAUCGGGUUCUUUUGCAUCUUGUGAAGAAGCUUCUAGUUCAAAUGAUACUGAAAAGGUUGAAUAUGAGCCUCUUGCAUCCCCAUUGAAAGAUGACAGAAGUGUAACAAAAGCAUUGGUAACUGAUGGUAAAACCAAAGUAUUUGGGAAAACUUAUAAGAGAAACAAAAGAAAAAGUGCUCCUGUAAAUUGGAUUUUCAGAUCUGAAAGCAAAAGUGAUAAGGUACUAUCCCACAGAGAGCCUGACUUUGAGAUUAGUUGUGGUAAAACUCAAAAAAGAAAAACAAGAAGCAAUAGACUGUAUCCUGAAGACUUUAUAAAGAUGCCAUUUAAUGAUGUUAGGAAUGCAAACACCCAAAUUGAUCGGGAACAGGUUGUUGUACGUCAGAACAUUGAAACUAAGACAAAUGAAGAAAUGAUGGAGGGACCACCUGGUAGUAAAGGAAAGGACAAGCCCAUUGCUGCUGCUGUUUGUACUAAGAUAGUGGAAACUGGGCAUUUGGUGGAAGGUUCUAUGCAAACUUUUCAACGUCUUAAUUUGAAAGUAAGCAAGUCUAAUACUGAAAGCAAGACAAAUGUGAACAAAGUUUCGGCCAAAAAAAGAAAAAUGUCUCCAGCAAAACAGACAAAAAAAAGAUUUAAGUCUUUGGAGUUUGUUAACCGCCUUGGAAUAGUAACUCUCAGAAGCAGCUCAACAGAUGUGAAUGAAAAUAAGAUUGGUAGUUUCCCCAGUAGUGUAGAACCUAUGAAAACGGAACUAGAAAUAAGGACAACCAGCAGAAGCAGUAGGCUGAAGCUUCUGGAUGAAAAGUUAAUCAUGAAAGGCAAAAACACAGACAAGAAAUCUGAAUUGGCUAAGGUGCAUUCACAAAUCAGUACUGGAGUAGUUGUUGCACCUUCAAAGCAGAGUUUAGAAAACACAAAUACAGACGUGGAAUGUGUAGAAACUGGAAGUUUAACUAUGCAGGAUAUUAUAGCCCAAGACUGUAGUAAGCAGUUAUCAAAUGCUAAAUGUUCAAAUGAAAAGCUUACAGCUUUUUGUGGAAAUGGUGUGGUAGAAAAACCUGGUGUGUUAUCAGGAGAUGAGAAACAAUUAAUGUGUGAUAAAGCAGCAGAAAGUGGUAAUGCUGCACUACUGGCCAGACAUUCCCUGUCUCCUGGUCAUUCAUGUAUCACAGUUUCUUCUGGCACACACUCGCAGGAUUCAGUCUCAGAGGCCAGUGUGCUAUUGCUCGCACAACAUGUUCCUGUGAGAGAACAUGAUGGUCAAAAUAUCCAUUCUAUUUGUACAAAAGUUGGAAAGCUAAGCUCAAAUGAUACCAUAUUUUUGUCUGGGAGUCAUUCAAGAGUAGAAGCUAUGAGCAGUGAAGAAAGCAGUGGUGAAGUAUCUACAAAGCAGAAAGGAUUGAAGGAGACUACUGGAGAUAGUGAAGUGGACACUGAGCAGCUUCUAAAAUCAUUUAAGCUAGCAAAACGGAAAUCAUUCAUUCUUAUCUCAGCCUCAGGUCAACAGUCUAAUGAAGGUGGUUGCCGAGCAGUUCUGCAGAGUAAGCCCCUUGAUAAAUCUGAGAAGGAUAAAGGAGCUGCAGUAAGUGGAAAGGAAGACAUAAACUUUAUUGCAGAGCAAAAAGCUGGAACAGUCAAUUUAGGUAAAACUGCUUCUGUGUUCAAAGAAGCUUUAGAUGCCAAUAAGGUCAAAGCUAAGCACUCUUCCCCAGAGCGCAUGCAGCAAAUGAACGAAUCAGAUAGAGUUUCUGUUGGAAUUGUUCCUCGAACGGCAUCUUCAUCUUUUUCUGCUGUACUGUCAGAUCAUGGCCAGCAGAUGGUGUCUUUGUCAAGUCGGACAAAGGGGAAAAGGAAUUACAGGUUGUUCAGCCAAAAAGGAUCAAAAAGUCGUACUUGGGCCUCUACAGAGAAAGAAGAAUUUGAUUCUGAUAGAUCGAGCCAACCUGCUGAGCACUUAAAUAGCAACACAUACAACAAUUCUUGUCUUAAAGCUACAAAUCCAGAUAAAGAUAGAAUUAUUGAUCAAAAUGUUCAGCAGACUGUUUUGGAUUCAGAACUUGAAUCCAAUGCCCAGUUGGAAAUGGAAUUGAUUCCAGCUGGAGACCAGCUUGAAGACAUUGCAAAACAUAUUUACCAAGGGAGUGAUUGGAAUAAAUUGCUAAGAAAGAGAGGGGGUUGUGAAAAUAAUGAAUUACCUCAAAAAGUUCCUAAGAAUGUAGAAAGUGAAUUGGUUAAAUUGGCUGAUGGAACAAGUCACCAUUCUCUGUUUGUCUUCCCUGAUGAAAGCAUUGCUACGGGAAAGAAAAUUGGUGAGAAUUUUCAAAUCUCUGCAACUCCUGAAAAGCUGUUUGACUCUGCCAAGGCAUGUUUCCAUAAAAAUAUUGCAGAAAGUGCAGUCAAUGAGCUGAAUAAAAUGCUGAAUGAAUGUGAAAUGAGAGAGGAUAGUGCACAUCUAAAACCAGAUGAAGAAAUGGCAGAAGAACUGAACAGUAGUUUGCAAAGAUAUUCUGGGCAUCAGACUAGAGGCUGGAGGAAGCGACCGAUGAAAUUGUCAACUUCAGAAUCUGAAAAAAGUGAUGAAGACUUGCCUUGUUUUCAGAUGUUUGGAUUCAAAAAAUUGUGUUCAAAACCUCAGUCAGUGUCACAAAGUUCCUUCAAGGUAAUUUGUCAGUCUUUAACUGGCUCCCAGGUUAAAAACUCUUCAUUGCCAAAUCAUAAUACAGAAAUUACAAAGGCAGUUUUCACUGAAGCAAAUAACUUGGAUGAGAGCAAAGGUAGCAGUUGUCAACAAAAUGAACCCGUUUCCCUGAGCCAAAUAUCUGAAGAAUCCCUGGAUUUGUUUUCUUCUCAUUCUGAUGGUUCAUCCCGUAGUCCUAGGCAACAACCAAAGAUAUGCCGCAAAGCACGUCACAAGCGCAAAAGAGCUUUAAAUUUGUCUGCACCUGAAAUUUCGGAGAAAAAAAAUGAAGAAACUUGGAAAGGCACACCUGCUUCACAUCUGCAGCCACAACUUUUAGAAGCUGAAAACGUGUCUGAUUAUGGCAGUGAUGCCAGCCAUACAGGUGAUCCCUUCUCUCCAGAGUGUGAAUUUCUCACCACACAGCAAAAGAAUGUAAUGCAGAAUAACAUAAAGAAACUUGAGCAUGAAAUGGCCAUCCUUGAAGCAGUCCUGGAUCAACAUGGCAGCCUGGCCACUGAAUAUUUACACUCAAUGAACCACCGAGAAGAUUGUCCAGAGAGCCUUCAACAUGAAGAGAAAAUAAACAGUUUGUUGAUAGAAAAGGUUACUCCUGCCUGUCCGCUAGAUGAUGCUGAGAUCUUGCGGACCCAAUCAAAAUGUCUUCCGGUAACUGAGGCCUUAAGACCUCAACAACAGCUAAACACAAGCAUAACCUUUACACAUGGUAAUAAGGAGAAGACUAACUGCCCAAAAUCUUUAAUGGAUUUGGAAAUUGGACAAAUACCAGAGGGAUUUCAAGAAAUGAAUGGCUUGCUCCAUCAAUGCCAAUUUAAAGCAAGCUCUCAAAGGGAAAUGAAGGAGCCUUCAAUUGCAGAAAGAGAAAAAGAAAUAAAAGAUCAAGCAGACUUGGAGAGUGAAGAAAAUGUUGUCAGUGAUGAGAAGCUACUGAAAGACAUGCUGAUUCAGAAAUUGGACAAUAAAGGAAAGGAGGAGUGUAACUUGGUACCAGCAGAAAAAACUCCCGGUUGGCACCCCAGGAUUGUGUUGCAACAAGCACAAGGGAUAGCUGGCCGUCUUAGUCUGCCACAACCUCAAAACCAGAGAACCAACAAACAAGCAAUGUGCAAAGACUUCAAACAAAAUAGCUCUUCUCGUGCUUCAUCUCCUGUUUUCAACAAAGCUUCAAACUCUACAAAGAGCACUGUCACAGCAGUUCAAAGAAAAAUGUCUUUUGUGGCUUCAGGAUUGAACAAACGUGAAAUUCAAUUGGUUGAAGCUUUUGCAAGAAAAAUGGGAGCUGAAUUUCAGAGUAACUUUUCACCUAGUACAACUCACGUCAUCAUGAAAACAGAUGCAGAUUUUGUUUGUGAGAGGACACUGAAGUACUUCAUGGGAAUAGCAGGGAGACGGUGGGUUGUCAGUUAUCAGUGGAUCAUUGAAUGUUUUAGAGAAGGCUCAAUGAUUGAUGAGCUUGAGUUUGAGGUGCAAGGUGAUGUAAUCAAUGGAAGAAAUCACAAUGGCCCAAGAAAAGCAAGAAAAAGAGUUGAUGGAAAACUACUGUUAAACGGUUAUGAAAUUUGCUGCUAUGGUUCCUUUACGGAAAUGAACAGAGAUCAGCUAGAAUGGAUGAUAGAACUCUGUGGUGCCUCAAUAAUUAAGGAGCCUUGUUUAUUCUCCUAUAGCCCUAACUGUACCGAGGUGGUGGUAGUGCAGCCCGAUGCUAACCCAAUAAACACGGACUACAAAGCAAUAGAAAGACAGUACAAUAGUAUUGUGGUCUCCCGAGAAUGGAUCUUGGACAGUAUUGCUCGCUAUGAACACCAUCAACUAAAAGAUUAUCAGAUCUGCCUUCUGGACUGAAAAUCAGCACAAUCUGGAUAUGCUGAGGAUGUAUUUGUUAUUUAAAUAGAAUUUGUAUAUAAUCUAAAUAAUGGUUAUUUAGGUGUAAUGUAAGUAACUGCUUAAGAACUAUUACAAUAGAGUAAAAUUCUAGUCAUAAAUGCAUAGCUGAAGGUUGUAUUUUCACUUUGGAUUCAGUCGCAAAUGUUUAGUAUUAACACCUUUGUGCUAAAUGUUGAGUCAUGAAACUGUUUUGUUUAAAAACAAAAUUUGUGUUAUAUGGCAGGUUCAGAAUUUAAGCCUCAUCUAUUAGUGCACGUGGUACUGAUAAAAUUCAGCUUUGGAAAUGAAGGAAAACAUUGUGUAUUGCCCUCGUAAACACAAAAAUUGUUGCAUUCUAUGAAGUAUGUAAUCAAUUACACAAGUAUUUUGUCAGCUACAGUAUUACAGGCAAUAAGAUUGCUUUUAGAUUGUUUUAUCUCUGUAUUUAUGCAUAAACUCACUUUGUACUUCCCAGCUUUGUGAUAUGCACUGUAGCUGCUGAAUUCUUUCAUUUGAGAAACCUGCAAUUACUGUACCAUUGUGCAUCUGUACUUUUGUUCUGCUGUUCCUACCUCUGGCCAAAAAGGUAGAAGAGAUGAAGCUCACUGAUCUUUCUAACCAGAAGUCGUCCUGUUGGCCUGUCUUAAAAACAGUUUUGAAUUUAGUCUUCUGGUUUCUGAAUCUAUCAGUUUUUUUUGAGUUCUUGUUGCAGCCUCAGUUUUAAAUGCAUAAUUAACUUUACCAAAAAGAGAAACUUAAGACUGUAUUAAAUUUAAUACAUGAGAGCUUAUUUGUUUGUCCAAUUUCAUUUAAAUAGUAAAAAUUAUUAAUCAUUUACAAUCUUCCUUGCUUCCCUGGUGCACUAUAGGUCUUGGAUGCAAAUAGCAGCUAUUUUUAUCGUAUUUCCAUGCCAUUUUUUUCUAAGUUGUUUCUCUUGUAUAACAUUUUAUUAAUGCUAGCCAAAGUUAGACAAGAACUGAUUUGUAUAUAAAGUUAAGCUUGCUGAUAUAGUCGAGGAAUAUUUGACCUAAAUAUACAGGUUGUAAUAAUAUCAGUACUGGAGAUUCUUUGGCACCAUAACGUUUUAAUUUGAUCUACAAUCCAAAAUAUAUAUUAAUAUGCUGACUGAAUUUUGUGUUCUGUGAUCUCAAGGAUUUCUGUAUUCCAAACUUAACUCUGCUUUCUUCCAUGGUUAAUUGUAUUCUAAUUACCCAAUCAAUUUGGGACUUUUGGGUUUUGAAUACAGUGGUGACCGUGGGCCUUUACUUUUCUCAUGUGUCAGCAAUUUAAAGUCGAGUUUGAAAAUGUGAGAAAAGUCUGAAUGAAAGGCUUAGAGUUGUCUAUUCUGUAAUUGAAAUAACUUGGCAGCAGUUUGAUUUUAAAUUCUACUGUAAUGAGUUUUUGUGCUACAGCAAAAUAUCCAAAAGCACGUUGAAGGCAUUAAUGGCACUGUAACAAUCUGUACCCAUUAUAACUAAACCAGUGGGAAAAUUGACAGAACCGCAAAAAAAGACUACAUCCAGGCAAUCACUUGCUCUGGUUUAAGCUCCUGCCUGCCUUCAGCAGAAAUCUUCCAUGGGCUGUAUUGAAUUUUUUCAUUUGAGAGCUUCAGUGACUAAUUUGUACUGUCAAAAAUUCAGUGAAGAUGUGUUGGGAGAAUACAAAUUCCUGGAUUAUAAACAAAAGAAAAAGUUAUUGAUUUACUGUAAGAAAACUUGUUUUUUUCCCCCUGAAUACUUCUGCUGAAGUUCACAGCCCUGGUUCUAAAGUCUGUUUAACUUUAAACACAUUGUAGAAUAUUUGCAAUUGAUUAUAUAUUAGAAUUUCUCUUGUUGAUUUUAUGUGGAUUGAAAUGCAUCACCUUUAUUGACCUCUAUCCUCAGAGCAAGUUCCACAAAGAAACAGCUGGCUUUUUAAAGGUGUGGCUAGAGGAAGAACUAUUUUCUGAUAUUUGCUGCUGUGCUUUCCUUUGAAAGAUGCCAGGUUCUGAAUCUUUGAUAUAUGAUUGAAUUUGGGAAUACUGGUCAUAUUUCGAAGAUCUGAGGCAACAUUCUGGUCCAUGACAUUAGUUAUCUAUCAGUUGAAGUUCCAAUAUAGUGGGAAAUACAGUUGUGUUCCUUGUGUGUGAUGUAACUGUUGUACUGAAAUGUAAAAAUCUUUAUAAUCCUUUGUAAAAUGGUAAUACACUUGAUAGUAAUGAUUAAAACAAAAUACAUUAUAGCUGAGCUGCUUUUUAUAAAUUUAGAUCAAACUAAUUUGAAUAAUGCAAAGUUUCACAUGGCAAAGUAGCUCAAUUAUAGUUAUUCAAAGAUUGUAAUUAACUACAGGUAAGUUGUACAAGCAAUAUAAAUUGAACUUUUUAUCUGCCUAUUUCAAUUGUAGUUGUGCAUCUUGGUGGGAAAGAAGCUGCUCGAAAUAAACUCAUGGGGCAGCUAUGUAAUUAAAGAUGAGAUUGUGACUGCCUACCUUUUUCAAAAGGAUACUUUAAUGAACAUCUGAUGUGCAUUUUGGUAAAAGUUGUACAAUAACUUGAUGCAAGAUCGUUAAUCUGAAGCAUUGAGACUCCUUUGUUCUUCACAAAUAUUGCCUAAUUUACAAAGCAUUUCUAAGAUUUUCAGUUUUAUUUUGAUUGUUGGGAUCCACAAUAUCUUGCAUUGCUAAAGUAGAAUUUUGCUGGCUUGUUUUGAUUCAGGUGUAAAGCAGUUUAUUCCAUUGUUAUUUUUCCCAAAGAUGUAUUUGUGAGUGUAGGUUAAAUAAAUAUGACU